GUGUGUAGCGCGCUGUGAUUGGUUUGCUGACGGCGCAGCUUAAUGAGUGAUGGCCUUCGAGCGCUCACAAACGCAUUAUUACAUCAGGAGCCUUACUCGCCGUUCCUCAAUCUCCCCUUAGUGGCGCAGAUGAGCCCAGGUCCUCAAGAGGCAGAGAUGCCUCCUCGAGUCUUCCACUUUGGCUCCUUUAAUAUCACCCAGCAUGUCUUCCACACAACCCCCCUCUCCUUCGCCAUCGUGAACCUCAAACCCCUCCUCCCAGGCCACAUCCUCGUCUGCCCACACCGCAUCCAGCCGCGGCUAGCAGAUCUCACAAAAGAGGAGAUCUCCGACCUCUUCCAAACCGUCACCCGCGUGCAGCGGACGUUGAAGCGAGUAUAUCGCGCGGAAGCCUUCAAUGUCGCCAUGCAAGAUGGCGAGGCGGCGGGGCAGACGGUGCCGCAUGUGCAUUGCCACGUCAUUCCGCGGCGGAUGGGAGAUCCGGGUAGUGAUGACAAGGUGUACGAGUGGCUCGAGGGGGAGGAGGGGAAUGUGGGAGGCCAUUUGAAGGAGGCGCAGGGGAGCAGUGGAAGCAAGAGGGAGGACUGGCCAAAGGACGAGGACAGGAAGCCGAGGAGUGACGAGGACAUGAAGAAGGAAGCGGACUGGUUGAGGGCAGAGAUGGCGAAGGAUGAGGUGGAAGGGGGGAAGUUGUGACGGUCAGAAAGGGAAUGAGUUUCAUGUUUCCUCUUCUUCGAGCGUGAUAUUCGAGCGUGGCAUCCGAAAGCAUGCAGGUCUAUUCGACCAUCAGAGCUGGACGAUUCGAGCGCAGCCAAGUUCCCAUCCAUGGAAUUUCCCCAUGAUCGCAGUAAACUCCCUUCGCGCCAAAUAGCAAGCAUGUACUUCUCCUCUCGUCAUCAUGAGCCCAAGUCUGCAUCCGUCGCCUCUGCUCAGUUGGCCAGAAUCGUCUUGACCAUGUCUAUGCGAACAACGUAUUAGCGUCUCAUUGCUGUCCCAUCAAGGCACCCUUCCAUCCUUACCCAUAUAGUUCAACUCGCCACUG